CCAGUAUGACAUUUGAGGGGGAAAAAAUGCCACCUCCGUAAAAAGAUAAAACAAGAACGAUGUGCUGUUGUCGUUGUUGCUUCUCUAUUGUGCCACAAGGGAUCGCUGUUCCAUUUCUUCAUUAGUUCGGGGGUCCUGGGCUUCAAAGUUUAAGGUUUGUGGCAGUAGUUGACCUUUAUUUUGAAAGGCCAUGGAGGCAGUAGGCUGUCAGUCAGAGCUCACAUGUAACAGCUCCCCUCAGCUGCAGGAGUAAGAGAGCGGUCCUGCAGUCGGCAGUGGAACAACCGUGCUAGCCGCGGCGGCCGUCUCUCACCCGUCUGCGUCCCACCUCGGGUGAACCGAUGCGCCCAAACGCCGACACCAACCGCAACUUUCAACCCACACUCUGAUCUUCGAACUUCAGGCACAGCUGCCUUCACCCCGCGGUACUGAAUGACGGGCGGCCGCUUCGAUUUUGACGAUGGUGGAACUUACUGUGGAGGCUGGGAGGACGGCAAAGCCCACGGCCACGGCGUGUGCACGGGACCCAGGGGUCAGGGCGAGUAUGCCGGCUCCUGGUCAACCGGCUUCGAGGUGGUGGGCGUCUACACCUGGCCCAGCGGAAACAUCUACCAGGGCUACUGGACUCAAGGCAAACGCCACGGGCUCGGCGUGGAAACCAAAGGGAAGUGGAUUUACCGCGGAGAGUGGACUCACGGGUUCAAGGGUCGGUACGGGGUCCGGCAGAGCCUGAACACACCUGCCAGGUACGAGGGCACCUGGAGUAACGGGCUGCAGGAUGGCUACGGCGUGGAGACGUACGGGGACGGAGGAACCUAUCAGGGACAGUGGACUAGUGGGAUGCGUCAUGGUUACGGUGUUCGCCAAAGUGUUCCGUACGGCAUAGCCUCAGUUAUCCGCUCCCCUCUGCGCACCUCGCUCGCCUCUCUUCGCAGUGUGCAGAGUAACGGUACGGUACUGCGGGACAGCCUGUUCGACGGUCCGGCUGGCACACGUGGUGGCUUCGUCCUCAACUUCCACUCGGAUGCCGAGGGUUCGGAGAAAAAGAAGGGACUUUUCCGCCGCGGCUCUCUCUUCGGUAGCUUACAGCGACUACGCAAGUCGGACUCACGCUCGUCUAUUUCCAGUAAGCGCAGCUCGGCAAACAGUGACAGCAACGUCAGCCGCAUCAGUUCAAGUGAUGCCACCUCCACCAUUAGUUUUGGAGAUGGAGAGCUGGCUGAAGACUACUUGACUCAGGAGGACAACGUGGACGCCACCACCACUGAAUCCUACAUGGGAGAGUGGAAGAACGACAAGCGCAGUGGCUUCGGUGUCUCAGAACGAUCCAACGGCAUGAAGUACGAAGGUGAGUGGUUGAACAAUAAGCGCCACGGCUACGGCUGCACCCUCUUCCCCAAUGGCUCCAAGGAAGAAGGGAAGUACAAAAACAACGUACUGUCCAGAGGGCUGAGGAAGCAGCUGUUCCCGCUGAAGAACACAAAGACAAAACAGAAGGUGGACCGAGCCGUCGAGGGGGCGGUGAGAGCAGCGGCCAUUGCCAGAACCAAAGUGGAGAUCGCCAUCUCCAGAACCUCCCAUGCUCGAGCCAAAGCAGAGGCUGCAGACCAGGCUGCACACUCAGCCAGUCAGGAUUCAGACAUCGCCAGAGCGGUGGCCAGAGAACUUUCUCCAAGCUUCUAUCAGCCAGGACCUGACUACAUCCACCAGAAGUACAGUGAGCCCCUAGAGAAGAAGGAAAUCCCUCCAGAGGAGGAAAAGGAGAAGUCUCCGUCGAGAAGCCCUCACUUCUACCGCAAAGGAACGACUCCCAACCAGUCUCCCUCCCAGAGCCCCAACGCCAGCCCCACUCCGUCACCCGUGGCUGUAAAAAAGAGCUUUUUUCCCACUAAAACCCCAAACACCACCACCACUGCUGCAGCAAAGCCUGCUGGGAAGGAAAACAACCCCACAGUUAGUGACAACGUGACAACAGGAAUAACAAAGAUGGCAUCCAAACAGUCUCAGGAAACUCAGGAAAUGAAACAACGUGACGCUCCUGCCGUCACCAAACCAGCUGUCAACGCGGCAGCCAGCGUUCACCCCAGUAACGGGCAGAUUCACGCCCAGUACCACGGCUACUUUGUCAAGGCAGAGGUCAUGAGUCCACCUCCUGAUGACCUGCUGGGCAUCGAGGAGGACCUUCACCCAUCAUGCCUGGCACGGCUGCCGCCUCAGCCCAAACGGGCUGCGACCCCGGUACUAAAGUCCCUCCCAGCCCCAAGUCCUUCGCCAGUUCCUCCGAAAGAGAGCGCCAAAGUCCAGGAGCCCGCCAAGCUGAAACGACAGGAAACUAUCAAAUCAAAGAGCUUGGCCGAAACUAAGAAGGCCAGCAUGGACGUAGACACAGAAGUGGAGAACGAGGAGUCGGGUCCUAACUCCGUCUUUGUGGCUCUCGUCAUGCUUCUGAAUCUAGGUCUAGCCAUUCUUUUCGUCCAUUUCCUCACCUGACACAACUUACCUCAGAGGACUCGUCCACGUCGGUCAGCCGACCUGCCAACAAUCCACCAGUCGAAGGGGACUUUUAAAAAAGUGAUGCCAGUCAGAACAGCAGACAUGGGCUGAAAUGGAAACUAAAAAUAGACGAGUGGAGGUGAAAAGGGAGAAGGAGGAAUAGUUGAGCAAAACAACAUAGGGGAAAUAGAGAGAGGUGAGAAGCAGAGAUAGAGAAAGAUGAAACCUUCUCUGGCCUGCCCCCUCUCCUCCUGGACGUUCUGGAUGACUGCCUAUGGUGCUGGAGUCCCGGCUGGUGGAACUGGUGAUGAUUUGUGACUUCACUCCACAGAGUGCAUGGAAAACUGACACAAGUGGUCGCUGGUUGGAAAUGGGGCCUAGAGCCACAGCUUUGGAUUUUCAAUCAGGGUUUAGAAUUAAGAGGUCUGUCUGUCUGAAUGUGUGUGUGAGUGCGCGCGCGUGUGUAUGUGUGUUUAUGAGCAAGACAAGGCGUUAGCUUCACCUUGCCUGUACCACCUGACAUGUGAGCGUUUGCCUCUUUCGAGCUUCAUUUCCAUCCAGCUGUUAAACAUCUGUAGAAGUUUUGACAUAUUGCAAUAAAAAAAGUUUUGUGCCUGGUUGAUAUGUGUGGAUGACGCUUUGUUGCCUCAUUAUUUUCCAAAGACGCUGGGAAAACUGGGGUGCUGUUUUGGUCUUUCUCACUUCCAGGCAUUUGGGAAAAGUCCUGAAAGAAGUCCACACAGUGGAGGAGUGUGUUGAGCCUUACACUCAGAAAGUUGCUAGUUUGAUCCCCGGGGAUAACCCCCUCAUCUCCCCUCUGACCCACACACCCCCAGUUGAAAUACUAUUGAGAACUUGAUAACAUGUAUAUUUUUAUCUGUAUAAUCCACUGUAUGGGUUGCUGCCACCUAGUGACUGGAGGCUUGUUACCAUUUAUUCAAGCAUUAUAGCACUGGUACACAGUGUGCCAUAUUCCAUUGGAAGCCCCUCAAGCCCCCCCCCUUUACCUCACCACACCCCCCAAGGGGGGCCAGCCCCACUAAUUGAGAAGUACUGGGUUAAUUGUUCACUCUAAAUGUGCGUGAAAGGUUGUAUAUGUCCAGACAGAACAUGAUCCUUGGAUGAACUGUCAAGGAGUUGAGUAACUGUUUUCCUCUGCCCUCUGUGUCUCUGUGAACCAGCUUGAUGUUGAACACCUUCAUUUAAUGAUCUGUUCAAACCAAUGGCUCUUCUUUCCCUCAAUGUUUCAUUGUCGGUUCCCUGUCAUGGCAUGGUUUCUUUCAUAGAUGGCACCGUCUGUUGUGUGUUUUUUUUUUCUUCUAAAUUUCUAUGUGGACAGAUGUUAGAAAAUGUUGCAUGUGUGUAGGUGUAGACUAGACUUAAUACAGUAAGACACAUUUUCAACAGAGGCGCCCACUAGAGGUAACCACGGAUGACCACUGCCUCCCUCUGAGCAUCUGCCCCUUUCCUGUCCUCUGACCCACAUUAGAAAUAUAGCCCAUAUACCAGGUGUAUUCAUUAGACAGGACCACAGGACCACGGGCUGGAACCAAGUUUGGGACUGUUCUGGUGCUCCACCCUCAGGUUUUCAGUGUCCACACUGUUCUGGUGACACUGAUUUCUACACAGACAUCUUCCAUUUCCUGUAGUGUGUUCUAGGUGCCAAAAAAAAAAA